UAGCUGUGUCCAAUCACAGCUGAUCACAUAGCACUGAUGAUCAGUGUACCCUGAUGAUCUGUGUAGCCCCAGCAGUGCCACCUGUCAGUGUCCAUCAGUGCCAGCUGUCAGUGCUCUUCCAUGCCACCUGCCAGUGCCCAUCAGUGCCACAUUUCAGUGCCUGCCAGUGCACAUCAAUGCCACAUAUCCCACAUGCCCAUCUGAGCUGCCUUUCAGUGUCACCCAUCAGUGCCAGUCAGUGCCACCUAUCAAUGCCAGUCAGUGCCACCUAUCAGUGCUGCCAAUCAGUGCCACCUAUCAGUGCUGCCAAUCAGUGCCAGUCAGUGUCGCCUAUC